GGUGCAAGUCGGGACACAAGUCGACGACACCCGCUCCUCCCGAAAAGAAAUAAAGUCUAACGCUGCAGCCCAGAAAUCCCUCCUCCUCCCUCCCUUUCUCCCCUCCACAGAGUUUCCCUCCCUCUGCUCAACCACGCUCACUCGUGCUCCCAGUGCCUCGUCGGAGCGCGUUCAUGUCAUGUCAUGACACGGUGCAGCGCACGAUCGGAGUGGUCGCAUCUAACGCCACCGGGAACCCGGAUGCACGUGCCUCCUUCUGCAGCGGUUUGAGACCGGUUCCGUGAAAUAUGCAAUGUUCGCGCGAGCGCCCGGUCUUCUUUCUGCUGCAGUUUGUUUUCACGUGGGCAUCCGGCCACGGAGGAGUCUUCCCCCUCUUUACGGAACAAGGUCGGCUGUCCCAGUCAGAAGUGUCCAUCGUCCACCCGGUGAAAACCACCGCUGAUGGCGAGUUCUUCUCCCAUUCCGUGGCUCACCACUUUGAAGGGGGGCGAACCAGGCGUGACCUUCGACCUCUCGAUUCAGAUGGACGGGUCUACUACAAGGUUAACCACGGGGGUUACUCGUUGAUGUUCAACCUGACCGCCAACGUUGGGCUGCUUUCAAGCAACUAUGUUCUGGAGAGGAGGAACGGCGGCGCCGGCGGAACCGAGCGUCGGCGGUCCGCAGGGAGCACCUGUCACCUCCUCGGCACGGUGGAGGCCCCUGGCGUGCGAGGGACCGCCGCCAUCAGCACCUGCGAAGGUCUGAGAGGCUUCUUCUCGCUGCCAGAGGGACGCUUCUUCAUCGAACCUGUCCAGAGAUCCCUUGAUGAUCCCGCGGGGACUCCAGAGCCCCAUAUUGUCUAUUCAAGUGUUCCAACGGGACGUCAGAGAAACAAACGCAGCGCUGAGCCCGAAGAGACGCACAGCUCCUGUGGAGUUCAAGAUGCUUCAGGCGAUGCUGUCCAGGUGGAGAAGGAAAGGGAGGAGUGGGAGAGGGAGCAGCAGAGGGGGGGGGACCGGGCUCAGCCCCGCAGGUGGCGCUCGGUCAGCAGAGAGCGCUGGGUGGAGACCAUGGUGGUGGCCGACGCCAAGCUCAUAGAAUACCACGGCAGCGAUAACGUGGAGUCCUACAUCUUUACCAUCAUGAACAUGGUGGCCGGGAUCUUUCAUGACGCCAGUAUCGGGAACGCCAUCCACGUCAUGCUGGUUCGCCUCAUUCUACUGCAGGGAGAAGAGAAAGGGUUAAAGAUCGUUCACCAUGCGGACACCACGUUGACCAGCUUCUGUGCUUGGCAGAAGAACCUAAAUCCCCAGAGUGACACGCACCCGGCUCACCAUGACGUCGCUGUGUUGGUCACGAGGAAAGACAUCUGUGCUGGGAUGAACCAGCCCUGUGAGACCCUUGGUCUGUCCCAUCUGUCUGGUAUGUGUCAACCGCACCGCAGCUGCAACAUCAACGAGGACUCGGGACUGCCGGUAGCCUUCACCAUCGCCCAUGAAAUGGGCCACAGCUUGGGAAUCCAUCACGACGGUCAUGGGAAUGACUGCGAACCGCAGGGGAGGCACCCGUUCAUCAUGUCCAGACAGCUGAUGUACGACAGCUCGCCGCUCACCUGGUCCUCCUGCUCCAAAGAAUACAUCACGCGUUUCCUUGAUCGCGGCUGGGGUUUCUGUCUGGAUGACCGCCCCUCCAAAAGGGACCUAAACACCCCUUUGGCCCGCCUCGGCGUACGCUACACCACGGAGCACCAGUGCCAGCUCCAGUACGGCCCCAACGCCACCUUCUGCAGCGAAGUCGACAACAUGUGCCAGAUUCUCUGGUGCUCAGUGAACGGCACCUGUCGCUCCAAACUGGACUCUCCCAUAGACGGCACCCGCUGCGGACCGGAGAAGUGGUGUAUCUCGGGAGAAUGCGUGAUUGUGGGUAAACUCCCAGAGACGGUGAAUGGGGGCUGGGGCCUGUGGAGCACCUGGUCUCACUGCUCCAGGACCUGUGGAACAGGGGUUCAGUCAGCAGAGCGGGAGUGUAACAACCCUAAACCAGAGUUCGGGGGCAAGUACUGCACGGGGGAGAGGAAGCGGUACCGGACCUGCAAAACCAAACCCUGCCAGAAGAAUACGCCGACCUUCCGAGAGAUGCUGUGCAGCGAGUUUGACACGGUGCCCUACCACAACGAGCUCUACCAGUGGACUCCUGUGAAUAACCCGUCAAACCCAUGCGAGCUGCACUGUCGGCCGGUCAUGGAGCUGUUUUCGGAGAGGAUGCUCGACGCUGUGACGGACGGGACGCCGUGCUUCAUGAACAACAUGUCCAGGAACAUCUGCGUCAACGGAGUGUGCAAGCCGGUGGGCUGCGACUACGGCAUCGAUUCCAACGCAGUGGAGGACCGCUGCGGCGUCUGCCUGGGCGACGGCAAGAGCUGCGAGACGGUUUACAAGACGUUUGACGGGGGGGAGAGGUUCGGGUACGUGGACGUGGGUGUGAUACCCGAGGGGGCGCGGGACAUCUUGGUGAAGGAAGUGGCGGAGGCGGGCAACUUCCUGGUUCUGAGAAACGUGACAUCGGAGGAGUACUUCCUCAACGGCAACUUCAUCAUCCAGUGGAACGGGGAGUACGAGGCCGCGGGCACCACGUUCUACUACGAGCGCAGCGGGAACAUGGAGAACCUCACCGCUCCAGGACCCACCAACCGGCCCAUCAUGCUGCAGUUGCUCUUUCAGGAGAAGAACCCAGGUAUCACGUACGAGUACACCGUCAAGAAGACCAGGGAGACCGGAAACGAGCUUCUAGAACCCCUUUACAGGUGGAGGCACGGGGCUUGGACAGACUGCAGCACCACUUGCGGCUUAGGUGGGCAACAGCAGCCCGUGCGGUGUUUCGAGGUGGACGUGGGGGUAGUGGACGAGUCUCUGUGUGACCCGGCUCGACGUCCAGAAGACCGACACCGAAAAUGCAAGAAUAUGGAUUGUCCUGCAAGGUGGUGGGUGGGUGGCUGGCAGCAGUGUACUGUCACCUGUGGAUCACAAGGGGUUCGCCAACGCACGGUGCUCUGUGUCCGCACGGUCUCGGGGGAGGAAAGGGUGCUUCACCCGGUCGAGUGCAAGCAUCUCCCUGAACCCAAACCGGUGGUGCCGUGCAAUAGGGAUGUACCCUGUGGAAAAGACUGGGCUGUGGGUGAUUGGGAGGAGUGCCCCACCACGUGUGGCGGCGGCGUCCGCUCACGCACGGUCACCUGUGCGUUGGCCCCCCAGAAGACCUGCGACCUCUCGUCCAAGCCUCGGUCCAGAUCACUGUGCGCCCUGCAGAGCUGCCCCAACUCGAGUCUUCGUCGGCGACCUGGGCCGGCUCCCAAAUACCGGUGGAUCUACCCCCCAAAAAGCCAUCCCACCCCGAAUCCCGGAGCUCCCCGGGCUCCCACCACAAGCGUCGGGGCAACAGCUGCUGCCACGGCUGCCUCCAGCGCUCCUUUCACUGUCAGCAAGAAAACCGAAAACAAAGAAGCUUUCACCACGACCGCCAUGUCCCUUUCAACCCCUACAAACCCGGAAAUGGUAGGCGCGGAUGAUUUUGAGCUCAAUGAUGUUAAUGAGGCUGAGAGAGUUCUUCCAUCUAAAGUCAACUCAGCUGGAAACGACAGAAAUGCAACUCAAGUGGAAAAGGUGGACGAGAGUGAGGAGAGAGAGGAUGGAAGCACGCCGAAUGUGGCCAUGUAUACUCUUGGGUAUGAUUAUGUUGUUGAGGAGAGGACUACAGAGGAGCAGGGAAUUAUUGAUCUAGACGUUACCACGUACACCUCCCUCCAAAAUCCUCUUAAAUCAACCGAGCCGACACCACAAAUAGUCAUCACGCCCAUUUUGCCAACAAAUCCACCUACCAUGCAAACAACCAAAGCCCCCCUGCCGGUUCCCAUCACCACUCCAGUGUACCGCUACGUCCCGCCGAAAGCUGGCACCCGCCCAACACAAGCUCCUCCUUCCACCAGGGCAUGGACCCUGUUCACCAGUGUGGCGUCACCCCAGUCCACUGGGACGAUCAUUAAACUGAAGAAGCCUGCGGUGACACCCAGUAAGAACAACCCUUCCCCUUGUGCCAAAAAACCUUCUUCCAAAUGCAGUCACUCGAAAGAUCAAAACCGGCAACCCGAAAGUCCCAUGAGCAGCUCCACCAGUGACCAGAGUAACCUGAGGGCCAGAGAGCCAAUCAGCAUGGAUGCAUUCUGGGUCGUAGGAAACUGGAGCACGUGUUCGACAACAUGUGGGAUUGGAGCGAUAUGGAGGACAGUGGUGUGCAGCUCCCGGAAGGACGAGGACUGUGCCGGCGUGAAGAGACCCGAGCCUGCACGUACGUGUCCCCUGCAGCCCUGUGCCAUCUGGCACAGUGGCAGCUGGAGCAAGUGUCCAGAUUCCUGUGGGGUGGUGGCCAAGAGGUACCGUGAAGUUCAAUGCGUUGAUUCCCAGAGUAAACGCCCCCUCAGACCAUUUCACUGCCAGGCCGUGUCCAGCAGACCUGUCAGCACCUUGACUUGCCCCCACAAGCCCUGUAUGAUCUGGAGUACAUCACCCUGGGGACCAUGCUCUGGCAGCUGUGGGGAAGGUGUCAGGGAGAAGCUGGUGUUCUGCCCCGAGCCCCUUCGCUGCAAUGAGAAGCAGAGGCCCAACAGCACAGAGGCGUGCAGACUAAAGCCCUGCACUCACUGGACGGCUGAGGACUGGGAAGAGUGCUCCGUGAGUUGUGGUGGGGGUCAGCAGCAUCGUGAUGUCAGCUGUGUGAGUGAGCCGGAUUUGGCCGUGAUGCCAAACAGCCUCUGUGAGAAGAUUUCCAAACCAGACACACUCAGGAAGUGCAAUGUUCAGGAAUGCAAGACCAACACGGGUCCAGUUUGCAAGAAGAACACCAUCUCGGCUCGCUUCUGUGACAAGCUGAAGCUGCUGGGCCGCUGCUCUCUCAGGUCGGUCCAAAGGCAGUGUUGUGUCACCUGUAGGUCAUAGACGGGCUUCCACACCCAUAUACAUUCUGCUAUGGACAUAUCCCCCCCACAGGAAUACUAACUGUAGCCUCUUGACAAACACUAAGAUAAUAUAUAAAUGGAAGAGGCUGCAAGGUACCAUGAAAAUAUGACACAUAUCAAACAAAUAGAUAUUGAGUCAAAUUAAAAAGUUCAAUCACCGAUGUGAAGUAGACAUUGAGACUGUUACAACUAUUAGAGCUUUAAUGUUUAUUGAGUUACAAAACUAAUUUGAAAAGGACAAUUCAACUGACUAAAGAACACGAGGUACAGUGUGCAGCUUCUCUAUUCAGGAAGAAACCUUGAGACCUAAAUGAAAUAUCUCUGUGUACUUUUUUUAUUUGUGGUGCUGACGAUCCACAGCUCAACACUCAACGUCCCACUUAUAUUUUUAUAUCAAAGUGAGCUGGUACAAACCAAAUGUAAAUAAAGUAUGUUGAGACUUCUAUUCAAUUGUUAAUAGUAAUGAAAAUCUGUUUUUUUACUCACCGAUUUAGCUUUCUCUGAUUUAUUUGUCGUGUUUUUUAAGCUCAGAGCUGGCAUUGUGUCAUUACAUUUUGUGGGUUCAGGUUUCUUUCGUUUCUUUGGCCAUGAUUUCCAAUAGAUGUAAUAUGUAGUGGCUGCAGGAGCUGCACAGCUUUGUGGUCAAACCCGUGGUGCUCCCCCUCUGGCGUGGGAUUGACCAAUGACAAAGAGGUGUUGCAGGUCAUCCCUCUCGGGUCCUUUUUUAAAAGGCUGUGCUUGUAUGAUGUUGUACAGGCGUCAUUGUACUUCACCGCUCCACUAAAAAAUGUUUUGUGAAUGAACUGCUUUGUAACCGAGACAUGAAAUAAAAGGAUGUCUUA